CCUUCAUUACCACCCCCCUCAACCGACACCAUGUCAAGCACAACCCGCCCACCAGCCUCCUCAUCCACGAGCGCAGCGCCGCCCACCACAGAAAGAUCAUAUUUCGAGCAGCAGCGCGCGGCGCUAUUGCAGGAAAUCGGCGUCAGUUUCGAGCAUGUGCUUGCGAAUAUCAACAAGUUGAAUCGGUCGAUGGAGGGGGUUAUUGCUGUUGGUAACGAGUUCAGUUCUGUUGAAGCGCUGUGGUCGCAGUUUGAGAAUGUGAUGGCGAAGGAUCCGGAUGCGGAGGGCGAGGCACAUGGUGGUGAAGGAGAGGAUGGGAGUCAAGAGGAUGAGACGGAGUUGCCUGAGCAGGGUCGGCGUUGA